CAACUACAUCUCGAUAUAUCCAUUACUUCAUCUUAGAUCUCAUCAAUCAACAACAUGACUGAACAACGACCCCCUUUCCCUCCUUACACCAGAGAGUCUGCUCACGUCAAAGUCAAAGCGGCUCAAGAUGGAUGGAACACCCAGGACCCAGCAAAGGUCAAGAUGGCCUAUACGCCUGACUCAAUCUGGCGCAACCGAGAUACUUUUGUCAGAGGCCGUGACCAAAUUGAGAAAUUCUUAACCGAUAAAUGGAGUCGAGAGCAUGACUACAAAUUGCGCAAGGAGCUCUUUGCAUUUGACGACAAUAAGAUCGCCGUGCAAUUCUGGUAUGAGUUUCGCGAUGAUGAUAAUCAGUGGUGGCGAUGCUAUGGACUUGAGGAUUGGACCUUUGAUGAGAAUGGCUUGAUGAAGAAGAGGCAAAUGAGCGGAAACAAUGUCAAGAUUAGCGAGGAGGAUCGCUGGUUCAAGGAUGGCGUUGACGUAAACACUGUUGAGAUUGGACCAGAGCACUGGUAGUCGCUCUUCUUACUCCGCUUACGCCACGGCUGAGGUAUUAAUUAUUGAUAGACAUCUCCAAUUCAUCUCUUUUCCACUAUAUUCCAGUA